AUGGCCGGGCCGAAAAAACCCGCCAUCGCGGCGUCGGGUGCCAAGACACAGCUCAAGGCCAUCGGCGAGCUCUUGAAGCAGCAAAACUAUGACGACGCAGCACAACAGGCCCGCGAUGUGCUCGAGAGCGACCCAAAGAGCUACCAGGCACUCAUCUUCCUGGGCUUCGCCCUGGACAAGGCCGGCAAGCUCGAUGAGGCCGUGCCCGUGUACGAAGAAGCCACACAUGUGAAGCCGGCUGAUCCACAGGGCUGGCAGGGCUUGAUCCAGGUGUACGAGAAGCAAGGCGCUGCGGCCAUCCCAAAAUACAAAGAGGCAGCCCUCCAGCUGUCGCUCAUCUUCCGCGAUGCGGAGGACUUAUUUAAAUGCCAAGGCGUUGUCGACAAGUUUGUCGGAUUUGCGCGCAGCAAGGGCGACAGCAAGCAGAUCGUCUCUGCACUGGGCAUUAUCCUGCCCGACUCGCCCAUCUACCCGACGCUUGUGGGCCGUGUGCCCGGCCCUGCGGCCACCUACGAAACCAUUGCCAAGCUUGUCGAGACCGACGAGACAAGGCGGAUCAACACACUGAUUGGCGAGCGGCGUACACGCAUAGGCGCGAGACUGGUGGAUGUCACAGCCGAAGUAAAGAGUGAGGUGUUUUCCACGAGCCCGCUGACGCACAUCUACAGCGAGCUGAUCAACUGGACGCGUGACGACGACUUGCGGCACGAGUACGAAGAGAAGCUGCUGGCGUACCGUGUGGACCGGCUGUCUGCGUUCUCGGGCGACGCCAAGGUGGCCGAGAGGGAUGAGGUUAUCAAGUUUGCCAAGGGAAUGGUGAUUAUCAAACAACCGUUCCAGCUGGCUUGGGACAUAGCAGUCGAUUGGGAGGACCCAGCAGAGAUUCGCGACUGGGACGCGGCAUUAUUGUGGGAGUACCGGACGUUGUUCCCAGAAUCGGGGCUGGGGAAGGCGCUCUCAGGAUUUCUGACGAGCGACCUGUCUCCUUUUGGCGAGCCACCGGUCGAUCCGAAGCAGGAAGAAGCAGAGAGGAAGAAAACAACAAAGGAACGCGUAGCAGGCGAAGAAGAGGAACAAGAUGUGCCCGAGGAUGAGGUGAGCGACGAGGCCGACCAAAAUGGAAAGGUCGGACAGGAGGGAGAGAAGAGGAAACGCAUGCCCAGGAGAAAGAUUGUGCCUCUGCCGACGGCCGACGAGGAGCGCCUUGCAUUAUUGCAAGAGGGCGUGGCCGAAUCCAAGGCGUUCUUGGCGUCCCGGAUGCUCAGCGCGUGGUACCAGAACGCCGAGGAGCACGAAGACAACAUCGAGCUGGUGCGCAAGACCCUGAAGCGCCUGGAGGUCCGCAAGAACAGUACAGGCAUGACCUUCCAGCACACCAAGGAUGCCCUGGACGUGUCGCUGGCUACGUCGCUUAUUUAUCACCAGUUGCCGCACAACCACCCCGAGGCAAAGCGGCUAUUUGAAAACGUUCUUGCGCACAACGACAAGGCGCAGCUGGCUCUGAUCGGAAUGGGCUUCAUCUGCGAGGAGGAGAUGGACUACGACGCGGCUGCCACCUAUUUGGAGCGCGCUCUGGCCCUCGACAAGACCGACCUGCGCGUGCGCAGUGAAGCGGCCUGGGUGCAUACGCUCAAGGGAAACUACGGCCACGCCAGGGGCGAGCUGGAGGCUUGCAUCCCGCUUCUGACGCAGCAAGUGCAGAGCAAGGUCGUGCGCAUUGCGCAGCCAGCACAGAAGCUGCUUGCACUGACACAGUACCGCUUGGGAGUCUGUGUGUGGAACCUGGACACGUCGCGCCCGGCACGCAAGGACCGUAAUGGAGCGUACACGCUGUUCCUCAGUGCGCUCAAGAACGACCUGACCCUGGCGCCGGGAUACACGAGUCUGGGCGUCUUCUACGCCGACUACGGGAAGGACCGCAAACGCGCAUUCAAGUGCUUCAUGAAGGCUAUCGAGCUGUCGGACGGCGAGCUCGAAGCGGGCCGGCGGCUGGUGCAGUCAUUUGCGGAUAAGCGCGACUGGGAGAGCAUUGAGCUCGUGGCUCAACGUGUCGUGGACUCUGGCUUGGCGACACCGCCGUGGGGCUCAAAGAAGCCAUCGCACAGCUGGCCGUACGCGGCACUCGGCACGGCGCAGCUGCACCAAAAAGAAUACAACAAGGCCAUGAUGUCGUUCCGCAUUGCCACGCGCCUGUCGCAAACAGACUACCAUUCGUUUAUUGCGCUGGCCGAGACGUAUUUGCGGGCCCGCAUGCACUACUCGGCCAUCCGGGCGAUCGAACAAGCGGGGCGAAUCGAGGCCGAAGGUGGCCUCGACGAGUCGUACGAGCGGUGGUUCACGGACUACCUGCUGGCCAACAUUUACCGCGGUGUUGGCGAACACGACAAGGCAAUAGCGCUAUACGAGUCGAUUCUGGAGGCGCGGCCCAACGAAGAAGGCGUCCUGAUCGCGCUGAUGCACGCCAUGGUGGAGAGUGCCGAGAGCUGUAUCAAGACGGGACUGUUUGGCGAGGCCGUCAGCAAGGCGACAGACACGCUGUCGUUUGCCGGAAAGGUGCCCGUCGAGACAGCGGAGAGGACGUAUGGCUUCUGGACGGCUGUGGCGAGCGCGUGCAGCGUCUUUUCAACGGUCCAGGGCAAAGCGACGGCGUUCCCUGCAGCCCAAGCGGCGUCUUUAGUGAUGCUUGGAUCCGGUAGGGAUGCGGAGCACACGGCUUACAAGUUGCUGCAGGAGACCGACCGUGUCGGCACGGCGGUGAUAUUGGCGUACGAGACGUUCUCGGACAAUGAACGGAUCGGUGUGGACCUCACACGCUGCCUGCAUACGACCAUUUUGGCAUACAAACGUGCGUUGGAUGUCACACCGGCCAAUGACAACAGAAUGCGCGCAGUGGCGCACUACAACUUGGGCUGGGCCGAGUACCGGGCACACACCUGCCUGCCCGAGGACCUCCGCAGCAGUCUCAACGGCUACCUGCGCGCGGCGAUCCGGUGCUUCAAGCGGGCGAUUGAGCUCGAGGCGGGCAACCGCAAGUUCUGGAAUGCGCUGGGCGUGGCGACGAGCGCCGUGCACGCACCGGUGGCGCAGCAUGCGUUUGCACGGAGUCUAUACCUCGGCCGCGGUCGCGCGUCGGUCUGGACUAAUCUGGGCACGCUGGCGCUGCUGCACGACGAUGCUGAGCUGGCCAACCAUGCCUUUGCCGAAGGCCAGUCGACGGAUCCUGACCACGGGCUCAGCUGGCUGGGACAGGGCUAUGUGGCGUUGCAGUUUGGCGAGGGAGCCGAGGCGCGGAGCCUGUUUUUGCACGCCAUGGAUUUGUCGGACGCAUCGUCGCUGGCUGCGCGGGAGCAGUAUGCCAUCUCGCUGUUUGACCACCUCGUGGACGAGGACACCCUCAACGACAAGGAGAAGGCGGCUAAGACGUCGACGACUGACCUCGCACGGCCGCUGAUUGGUCUCGAGCAGGUGCGCCGGCUGCAGCCCCAGCAGCUGCCGUAUGCACACCUCUUUGCGCUGUACCGCGAACGAAUCCACGACAAGACAAACACGUCGACGCUCCUCGAGGAGAUCUGCGCGGCGCUCGAAGCCGACUUUGAGGCGACGCAGUCGGUCGAGUCGCUCAACCGUGUGGCCGUGGCCAAGGCCGAUCUGGCGCGCGCAUUUGUUGCCAUGGGAAACUACGAGGCCGCAAUAGAGUGCAGCUCGAUGGCCGUGCAGCUCGUGGACGACAGCGAUGGCAACAGUGUCGAGGGCGAGUUGCCGGCGGCGGCGCGUAAAAAGGUGCGGCUAUCGGCAAACUUGGCGGCGGGCCUUGCACGCUUUUUCAGGCAAGACUUUGAAGGCGCUCUGGCCGACUUUGAAGCCAUUUUUGCCGAGGACGCCGCCAGCGGCGGAGACGAAGCGGCCCGCAACCCAGACGUUGUCUGUCUGUUGGCACAGGUGCUGUGGGCCUCGGGCCGUGAAGACGCUCGCCAGCGCGCGCAGGACGAGCUAUUUGCAGUCAUCGAGACACACCCGGACCACGUACACGCGAUUUUGUUGCUGGGUGUUGUGGCCUUGCUGAAUGGCGACGUCGAGAGCGCCGAUGCUGUCGUGGCUGAGUUGGCAGGUCUGGAGGAGGGCAAGUCACAAGCAAUCGUCACCGUUGCCGACCAGGGGCGCAUUAGCCAGGUGAUGCACGCGCUGGCCAACCCGGGGCGCGAGACCGAUGCGGCAAGCCGACGAGCCACGUGCUGCCAGGCGCAGCGUGACAUUAUGCUGCACCCCCAUCUGCCGCGGGGCUGGAUAAACCUGGCUGAAGAAGCCGAAGAGGCAGAUGUCGACGAGACGGCCGCGGACGACGCGGACGAAGAUUUUGCGAGCGACAUGGCCUUGCGGCUAACGCUGAACCUGUUGCCACCGCGGGGCACGCUGGGUGCGGAAGAUCUGGCCAAAGCCUGUGUGGGCACGCGGCGGCCAGCAGAUGCACAGGUGGCCAUCUUUGCGGCGCCCUGGCUGCAAGAUGGCUGGCAGGCCCUGGCAGAGGCCAUCUCAUGA